AUGGCCUUAUGGUUCGAUGGCAGGAUGGGCAGCACAGCAGUGGAUGCGCGCAAGGCAGCCAAGCUGAGCGGCAUGUCUCCACCUGCAUACGCUCGGGCGCGAGCAGCCAUUCAGAACGCUCUAGGCGUCAGGUCGCAGUUGAGCCUACCCCAGUUGGCCCUUCAGUUUGGGUGCGUGCGAGUGCUGGAGUCCACGCAACGCAACCUGCACAUCUUCACCUCACGCUUCACUGCCGCCCUCCCAGAGGCACGCAGGGGCGGCACUGACUUCUCCCGGCCGGCAUACCUGGCAGCAGCGCUCAUGCUCACUGCCACACGCAACCAG